UCCGCCAGUUUCGCUAGUGAGUUUAGCAGGCUAAAUAGCUAACUGGCUACUAAUGUUGACUUUUAAUGAUUUAUAAUAUUUGGAGAUAUUGUCUAAAAUGAAUGCAAAACGUUUAAAGUCUAGCUGAACCCUUUGCAAUAGCUUACCUAGUCUUCUAUCGCGCCAGAGACCUCUUCAAGUCUUAUUUGUUAGCCACCUGCUAGCAAGCGUUGGCUAAUUAUAUUCAUUUAACAUCAUGGCAAGUGCAGCGAGUGCUAACCUAAAUGCAGUCCGGGAGACAAUGGACGUGCUGCUGGAGAUUUCCAGGUUGCUGAACACUGGUUUGGAUAUGGAGUCUCUGUCCAUAUGUGUGAGACUGUGCGAGCAAGGCAUCAACCCAGAAGCCCUGUCGGCUGUCAUCAAGGAACUGCGUAAAGCAUCUGAGUCUCUCAAGGCUUCUGAAAACUCUGUAAACUGAGGAUGAAAACAGAUAACCCCAGUUUGGGACCUUUAAUGGGAUCAUGCCCUGUUCCUGGAUCUGUACCAUGGGCUCUCCAGCCAGUCAGAUUUGUGUUUGUGUUGGAAGCCUGUCAUCUGCACCUCCUCAGUGACAAAUAUACUCCUAUUGUGUGCUUUGACUUGUGUCAGAGUUUUUGUGUCGAGGUAUCAGCCCCAGUCCACUUCCCAAACACAAGUUCUCUCCCAAUAUGAACACAAAGCCUUUCUCCCUUGAGGCUUCCUCCAAGUUUCUCCUACCGCCAUUUGUAAAUUGUAAGGUCAGAGAGGUAUUAGCGUUGUCAUUCUGCCUUAAUUUAAAAGCAUAACUUAAAUUUCUGACAGUCAACUUAUGUUGCACUUUUGAGGAGGAAAUGUAUUUUGUUUUGUUUUUUAUAUCUAUAAUUUGUUAAAAAUUGUUGUUGUUCAUUGUUCAUUUUGUGUAAGUUUAAAGCAUUUCUAACUCAAUCCUUUUGCCAUUUCUAUUGUCCACAUAACCAUUAAUAAUGGAAGAAACUGUAAAUUAAAAUGUUGCAGUCAGCAGCCA